UUAUCAUUUUGUGUUCAUUCAUUUUAUUCAUUUCUUUCAGUUCAUUCGUAUUCGUAAUAAUUUCGUUAAAGUGGAAAAUAUAAUGUAAUCAUAAGUACAUAGUCGUUGAGAAAUAAGUAACUGAUUAGUUACUUUGGUUCUCGUUCAAUUUUCAAUAACUUCCGUCACCGGAGAUUCACUUUCAAUCUAAAGUGAGUGCUCCACCAGUCCAUAGAUCUAAUUAGAAGACACUGAAUCUUAUCGUGCUAAAAAAAUGAAUAACAACGUAUCCUGCAUUAUUUGCCAGGAGGACUUAUUCGCCGGCGAUGAUGGAUCGACCUGUGCAACUAGCUGCGGUCACGUAUACCACUGUCAUUGUCUUCUUCAAUGGAUGGGGAGGUCUGCAACAUGUCCACAGUGUCGUUCAAACAUAGGACACUAUAACGUAUUCAAGUUGAAUCUGCACGGUGGAGAAAACUCUGCUGGACCGAGUAGAGCUAAACUUCAAGAGUUGGAGGAUCGUGCGAGACGUCUCUCACAAUCUGAAUCGGAUUUAAAGAGAGAAUUAGAUUCGAGCAGUAAGAAAUUCCAGGAAUUGGUUGAAAAAAACAGAACCGUUAAUUCAGCUUGCGAUGAAUUAAAGAAAAAAAAUCUCGAGUUGGAGAAUUGUACAAAGUGGCUUCAAAAUAAAGAAUCAAAUUUGAAAGAUCAACUGGUGAAAGCGAAUUCAGCACAAGAUGAAUUGAAAAAAGGAACUCUUGUAUUGAUGGACCGUGUACGAUGUUAUCAAAUCAGCGAAUCAAAAUUGAAAGAUGAGCUGCUGAAAGUAAAUUCAGAACGUGAUGAAAUAAAGAAAAGAACGAUUGAAUUAGAAGACUGCGUACGAACGCACCAAAACAAUGAAUCUAAUUUGAAAGACGACUUGGUGAAAGUAAAUUCAACUUGUGAUGAAUUAAAUAAAAAAAUUCUUGAAUUGGAGAACCAUGUGCAGUGGCUUCAAAACAGCGAAUUGAAUCUGAAAAACGAGUUGCUGAAAACUAAUGAAGAAUUGAGAGUGAUGGGAGAAAACCUCGAAACUGCUAUUUUGAAAUACGAAGACAUAAGGACUAAAAACAUGAAUCUUGAAAAUCGAGUUCAGUGGUUGCUGAAUGUAGAAUUGGGUUUAAAGAAUGAAAUCGUCAUCAAAAAUACAAAAUUGCAUGAGUUGAAAGAAGACAACGCCAAGGCGAAUUUAAUAAACGAAGAAUUAAAGAAAAAAUUCAUGGAAUUAGAAUGCUGCCUUAAAGAUCAUUUGAAAGUUGAAGCAGAUUUGGAAAGUCAAUUGGUUUCAAAAUCGUCAAAUUUGCAAGAAGCCAAUGAAAAUCUCGUCAAAGCGAAUUUACUACUUGAGGAAUCGAGGGCUAAAAACGAAGAAAUACAAGGUUGCUUGGACCUGUACGUAAAUGCGACCUGCAGCUAUAAAAUUGAAUCAGUGGCGAAAAGUAUGAAAUUGCAAGACAUUGAACAAAAAGGCAGAGCUGCGGAAACAGAAAGUGAAGAAUUGAGACUUGAAGUUGGAACUUUGAAGAAUGAAAUUGAAAAAUUCAAGACCAAUUGGGAAUUAGAGAAGCAAAAGAACGAUUCACUGAAACGAGCAAAUGAACUAUCAGAACGAGCGUUACAGGAAAAGAUAGAUCGAUUAAAAUCCCAACUAGUCACCGAGCAGAAUAAAAAUGAUUCUAUUAUGAUGGAAAAUAAAGGACUGAGAUUUCUGAAAGUGGACACUUGGGAAAAGUACAUGAAACUGAAAAAUGAAACAAAUAUUCAAGAAUAGAUUAACAACGUAGAUAUUGGUAUCUAAAUCUACGAAUUCGACGAAAGGAUUAAAACGUAGUAUUUUUAAUUUCAUUUUCAAUUAUAUACCUACCUAUUUUUUAGUUUUUUUUUCGUUCGUUGACCUCUUGUAAGUGACAAAAACGUACUUUUAUAUUGUUUUUUUGUAGUAUUAAGAAAUUACCUAUGCCUUUUUUUGAUAUUCUUUAUUUAUUAAUUGUCACGAAUCAUCGUGAGUUAUUUAGAAUUCCUGAUCUUUUCUUUUUUUAAAAAGACGUAGGAUUGUAG